AUGUUUCGUCUUCUAAAUCGUCGUGUUAUUAAACAUGGAUUUCUGCUAUGUACAUCAGCUUUAGGAACUGGUUACCUAGGUCAAUAUAUUCUUCAGAAAAAUAAAUUAAAUGCAGCCAGUCCUGCAUUUCAUACACCUGAGAUUUGGCAAGAUGAUUUUCCGUCGCGCGAAGUUCAGAUUGAUAAAAUGUCGAAAGAACCUGAAUACGAUAUUAUUGUUAUUGGAGGUGGAGCAACAGGUUGUGGAGUAGCUGUCGAUGCUGCAAGUCGUGGUCUCAAAGUAGCUUUAGUUGAAAAAUAUGAUUUCGGCAGUGGUACAUCAUCACGAUCAACAAAAUUACUUCAUGGUGGUGUUCGUUAUUUACAAAAAGCCAUCAUGCAAUUCGAUCGCGAACAAUAUCAUAUGGUAAAAGAAGCCCUCUGUGAACGUGGUAAUCUUCUUAAAAUAGCUCCACAUUUAUCUUGUCCAUUGCCAAUUAUGUUACCUGUUUACAAAUGGUAUCUUUUACCAUAUUAUUAUGUUGGUAUCAAGCUCUAUGAUUUUGUAUCUGGCCGACAAUUACUUCGAUGGUCUUAUGUAAUAUCGAAAAAUAAAGCAUUAGAAUUAUUUCCAAUGUUAAAAAAAGAGAAGCUUGUAGGUGCGAUUGUCUAUUACGAUGGACAACAUAAUGAUGCACGUAUGAAUAUAGCACUAGCAUUUACGGCAGCACAUAUGGGUGCUGCUAUUGCAAAUCAUUGUGCAGUAACAGAUUUUAUACAUGAAAAUAUUGUAGUUGAUAAUGAUCAAGGACAAAAACAAACAAAAAAAGUUAUUCGGGGUGUGAAAUGUUUUGAUCGAUCUCAAAAUAAGGAAUUCAAGAUUCGAGCAAAAUGCGUUGUCAAUGCUACAGGACCCUACACAGAUACAGUUAGACUAUUAGAUGAUCCGUCAUUACCAAAAAUUUGUCAACCAUCAGCCGGUGUUCACAUUGUAUUACCUGAUUAUUAUAGUCCAACCAAUAUGGGUCUUCUCGAUCCAAAUACAUCCGAUGGACGUGUAAUAUUUUUCUUGCCAUGGCAAAAACAUACCAUGGCUGGUACAACUGAUACACCUUGCGACGUAACUGAUUAUCCGUCGCCGUCAACAGAAGAUGUAGAUUUUAUAUUAGGUGAAGUAAAAAACUAUCUUUCAUCAGAUGUUCAAGUGCGUCGUGGCGAUGUUCUAUCAGCAUGGUCAGGUAUUCGACCACUUGUUCUUAAUCCAAAUAAAAAAGAUACACAAUCAAUUGCAAGAAAUCACAUUAUUCAUGUUAGUGAUUCAGGUCUUGUUACAAUUGGAGGAGGGAAAUGGACCACAUAUAGACAAAUGGCUGAAGAAACAGUUGAUCGAUGUGUAGAAUCAGCCAAGCUAAAUCCAAAACGAGAUUGUAUAACAAAAGGUUUAAUGCUUACUGGAGGUGAAAAAUGGACGCCUACCUCAUACAUUCGUCUUGUUCAAGAUUACGGUCUUGACACUGAGGUUGCUAUUCAUCUUUCAAAUACAUAUGGAGAUCAAGCCUAUAAAGUAGCUGAUCUAUCGUCAUUAACUGGGAAACGAUGGCCUGUUGUUGGCAAACGUUUACACGAAGAAUUUCCUUAUAUUGAAGCUGAAAUAAGCUAUGCUAUCAAAGAAUAUGCUCGUACAGCUGUAGAUAUUCUUGCUCGGCGAACUCGACUUUCAUUUUUAAAUGUGAUUGCAGCCGACGAAGCUCUUCCUAGUAUAAUACAGAUCAUGGGACAAGAAUUACAUUGGAAUGAGCAAAAAAAGAAAGAGGAAACAGAUCGUGCUAAGCGAUUUUUAUUACGUGAAAUGGGUCUUAAUUUGAAACGUGAUAUGCGUCGUGAGGUACCAAUUAAUUUAACACGUGAAGAAAUGAGUUACUACAUGAAAUAUUUUCGUCAAAUCGAUGUUGAAAACAAAGGCUUUUUAACACUUAAGGAUUUAAAACGGCAUUUACAAGUAUCAAAAAGUGACGUAUCGGAAGCAGAAUUUCGAAUAUUAAUGGGUGAAAUUGAUCAAAAUCAAAAUGGUAUUAUUGAAACAGAAGAAUUUCUUCAAUUGAUGAGUGCAAUCAAAUCUGGCGCUGUAUCAACGAGUCAUUUUAUUAAAGCGGCGCGUAUUGAUAAAAUCAAACAUAACCCAUCACCGGAACGAAGUGGUGGUGGUAUUUAA